AGAUGACGCUAGUGGUUUUCAAAGGUCAAGGAUACAUUUAAGAAAAUAUUGUGCACGUGCCAAUAAAACCUCUUAAUUGUUGUUAUUUUAUAAAUUUUAAGUUUAAGAAGUUAGAAAUAUGAAUAAGAUAAGCUUUAAUGCUUUGAAGCAUGCUUAUAGAUUAAGACAUAGAAAUCUGAAAAGGGUUCAGGAACGUCUUCCUACCGGCUAUCGAAUAGGACCCAGAGGUCGAAUUGAUUACCUUAGGAAUAGCGUAACAAACCUCUUUCGAGAAGAAAGAGUCGAAGGUACCUGGGAUUAUCUAGACGAGACAAGGGGAUAUGCUGAACUGAUACUCCAACAGUCUAUAAAAAAUGGCUACGAUCACGAAGUAACCAAGGAAAUGGUUGACUAUUGGAUAGUUGAAAAAGAUAUUAUUCCAAAGCUCUUCGAAGUUCUAGUUCCCCGUUUCGAAGAUUACGAUACAGCUUACACAAAAUUAUAUACUCUCCCUUACGUUUAUCCUGGUGGACCAAAACGAAUGGGUUUACUUGAAUUAAAAGGUAAUUUUUAA